AUGGCACUGAAAGUCACUACUCUUAUCAUAGAAAAAAAUGUCGAAGUGAAAGAAAAGAAGCAGAAGAAUGAAAAGAGAAAGAAAGUCAAGAAGAAGAGCUCAUUCAAGAAGUAUUCUGCAGCUGAGAAUACAGAAACUAGAGUCUUGAAAAAACAGACAGCAAGUGUUAAGUCAGUUAACAGUUAUAAUAUUCAGAUUUUAACUCUUCAUAUUGAAAAUGAGAUGCUGUGCAAGAAGAAUAAAGCUCUGAAGAUCAAAUUCAGAACUAUUACAAGUCUUCUUCAGACCACUCAAACUGUUCUUGAAAAUGACAUAUGA